GUCCAAUCCGAUGAAAGUUUCCAAACACAGCUUUGUAAGAUGGCGACAGCCGAACCGGAAAUAAAGGCGAACUCAUCUCGGCCUGAAGCUGACGGGGCUGAGGAGAGUGGACAGGAGAUCGUGAGCCCAGAGUCUUACAUCAAACAUCCACUGCAGAACAGAUGGGCGCUGUGGUUCUUCAAGAACGACAAGACGAAGACCUGGCAGACCAACCUGCGGUUCAUCUCCAACUUUGACACGGUGGAGGAUUUCUGGGCGCUCUACAACCACAUCCACUUGUCCAGCAAUCUCUGCUCUGGCUGCGAUUACUCUGUCUUCAAGGACGGGAUUGAACCCAUGUGGGAGGAUGAGAGGAACAAGCGUGGGGGGCGCUGGCUGGUCACACUCACCAAGCAGCAGAGGAGAUUAGACCUGGACCGCUUCUGGCUGGAGACGCUUCUGUGUCUCAUCGGCGAAGCCUUCGACGACUACAGCGACGACGUCUGCGGCGCCGUGGUCAACGUCCGCACCAAAGGAGACAAGAUCGCCGUCUGGACUGCAGACUACGAGAACCGGGAGGCAGUGACCCAUAUCGGGAGAGUUUACAAGGAGCGCCUGGGGCUGCCCAUCAAGCUGACCAUCGGCUACCAGUCACACGUCGACACGGCUACCAAAUGCGGAUCCACCACCAAGAACAGAUACGUUGUUUGAGCAGCAUGCAUCCUCGACCCGUCAAGAUUUCACCAGCUUCAAUAACCCUCCAGCACUACAGGAAAGCAGUAUUAUCAUGAUGACAGUUGGAAUGAUAUCGCGCUACUUUGAAUCACAGGAAAUACUUAAUAUUUCUUUCUCUAUUUUUCCAGUGGCAUCAGUGGUUUUCUGUUGUUGUUGUUGUUUUUUUGCAUUUAACCCUUUUAAUUUAUUAUGCAUAUGAUCGGAGACAUAGGAGUUUGCUCUUUUAAACUGUUGCACUUGUAUCCUUUUAAAAUGUUUCUUUGCUGAUUUACAUUUGAGUGUUGUUUAAUUAAACUUUGGUUUUGCAAUUAAGCCGCGUGACAUUGGUUUUCUGUCGCAGAGAUGGUUGGUCCUGAGCCCUCCUCCAACAUAAAACCUGAGGAGGGUUCUCCUCUGGAGUCACUUCAGCAGCUCGUCGCAGGAGAGCGGCGCUCUCCACCUCCGCUCCGCCAUUCGCUCAAAUGUCAGAAUGAAGCGUAUUUUGGAAAGAGAAGGCGA